AUGCUUACCAAGGUCGCUCUCCUCAGCGCUGCCGCCGCUGCCGCCGUCGUCUCCGGUGCUCCUCUGGAGCGCCGUGCCGCUCCCGGCCAGGCCGACAUCGACCUCGUCAUCCUCAACUACGCUCUUACUCUUGAGCACCUCGAGAACGCCUUCUACCGCGACACCCUCGCCACCUACGACGCCGCUGCCUUCAAGGCCGCCGGUUACCCCAAGUGGGUCCGCGAGCGUUUCGUCGAGAUCGGCGGCCACGAGAAGGCCCACGUCGACUUCCUGUCGAAGGCCCUCGGCGACAAGGCCACCCAGGAGUGCACCUACGAGUUUGGCAUCACCGACGUCAAGACCUUCGUUGCCACUUCCGCUCUUCUUGAGGGCAUCGGCAACAGCGCCUACCUCGGCGCCGCUGCUAACAUCACGUCGCCUGAGUACCUAACUGCCGCUGGCUCGAUUCUGACUGUCGAGGCGCGCCACUCGUCGUGGGUCAACUCGGCGGUGCAGAAGGGCGACGGAUUCGGCAAGCCGUUCGACACGCCGCUCAACUUCAACCAGACCUACUCGCUCGCCGCGCCGCUCAUCAAGAGCUGCCCGGACAGCAACCCGGCUCUGCCCGUCGUCGCCUUCCCCGCCGCCAAGGUCGAGGGCAAGGCGUGCCCCGGCAAGACGGUCACCAUCUCGGGCGAGGGCGUCCAGGCCGGCCAGUACGUCGCCGUCCUCUCGGGCCUCUCGACCUCGUUCGUCCAGAUCCAGGACGGCGGAAAGAUCACCCUCCCCGAGGACCUCGGAUACGGCCGCGCCUACCUCGUCGUCACCAAGAGCGAGAGCGUCUCGGACGACGAGGUCGUCGCUGGCCCCGCUGUCCUCGACGUCGAGCUCUCGGCCCAGAAGGCCGCCAAGAUCUACGCUCAGUAG